AUGGCUGCUGCUCAAGGAUACCCUCUCCUGUGCUUGGAGAACCCUCUUCUCGACAUUCAGGGCGUUGGAGACGAUGACUUGCUGAAGCAGUACGACAUCAAGGCUAACGAUGCCAUCCUCGCCGAGGACAAGCACAUGGGACUGUACGAGGACUUGCUGCAGAACCGCGACGCCAAGUUGAUUGCCGGCGGUGCUGCCCAGAACACUGCACGAGGUGCUCAAUACAUCCUCCCCGAGAACUCGGUCGUCUACAUUGGCUGCGUCGGCAAAGACAAGUACGCCGACAUCCUGACCGACGCCUGCAAAAAGGCCGGUGUGUACACCGAAUACCGCGUCGACGAUGUCCAGCCCACUGGCAAGUGUGGUGUUGUCAUCACUGGUCACAACCGUAGCAUGGUUACUCACCUUGCUGCCGCCAACGAAUACAAGCCCGAGCACCUUCAGCAGCCCAAUGUGUGGUCUCUGGUCGAAAAGGCUCAGGUCUACUACGUCGGUGGCUACCACUUGACGGUCUCUGUGCCUGCCAUUUUGUUGCUUGCCGAGGAGGCUGUUUCCAAGAACAAGACCUUCAUCUUCUCCCUCUCCGCCCCAUUCAUUCCCCAAUUCUUCAAGGACCAGCUCGACAGCGUGGUCCCGUACACCGACUACCUGAUCGGAAACGAAACCGAAGCCCUCACCUACGCCGAAAACCACGGCUGGGGCAUCACCGACAUCACCGAAAUCGCCAAGAAGCUGGCUACCUUGCCCAAGAAGAACGCUCAACGUCCUCGUGUCGCCAUUGUCACUCAGGGAACUCUGCCUACCGUUACUGCUGUUGCCAAGGCCGAUGGCUCGGUGGAGGUGAAGGAGUACCCUGUCCAUGAGAUCGCCAAGGAGAAGAUUAACGAUACCAACGGUGCUGGUGACGCAUUCGCCGGAGGCUUCACCGCCGGUAUCGUGCAGGGCAAGACCCUCGACGAGAGCGUCGACCUUGGCCAAUGGCUCGCCAGCCUCAGCAUCCAAGAAUUGGGUCCUUCUUACCCCUUCCCCAAGCAGACCUAUGCCCGCAAGUAG